UGUGUAAGUGUUCGUCUACCAAUCAAACAGCCGAAUGGAGCACAGUAUGGACUUUCUCUUUUAAUCGUGUCAAUAUAGUGAGUUCUGGCAGUUUAUGAGUCAACCUCGCAAUUAAACUUACUUUUUGGCACCCAUGUUAAUCUAUCAUAAUCUAUCUACAUCAGUAUCAUCUUAAUCGUGUAUAUCUGGAAUAAUAACAAAAAUAUGGAGGAUACUACUUGCUCGGGGGCGCAAAAAUGAACACUUGCCGUUAGAAUUAAAGCUCGAAGAAUGGACCUGAAUGAAUUUUUCCGAUCACUUACACUCUCUGUGAUCAUCACUGAUUUUAUGGCGCUUGUUUUCCAUUCAAAAUGCACGCUGUGUCCAAUUCUUUUCAGAGCUGCGACAGCAAAUCAAGAGAACCUGAAAGCGUAUCAAGUUGUGCCUCAAUUAUUUAAAAAGUUUCCUCCUCGUGAAGUGAAGGUUGAAUAUGAACACGGAAGAAAAGUCGACUUUGGCACUAUCUUCUCGGAAGACGAAAUAGACAAUCCGCCGAACAAAAUUUCGUGGACCGUUGAAAGGAAGUAUGAGCGAGCAAAAUCAAGGUUUGCCUUAGGAAUGUUCGGUAAUUAAUUUCCACGUAUCCGCAUUCCGCAUUCAUUAUUUUAAAAAUAAGUAUGCAUUUCAAUAUUUUGGUGAAGAAGGGCUGCCGUUAAGAGCCGAAUUUAGCCCAAAUAGCUCUAUACUCUUUCGACAUUUGCAUUCACAGCAGAACGUCUUUGUUUGUUUUUAGUCAAUUUUGGAGACACUUUGUGAAGGUAAAAUUGUGAGAGCACAAAAAUUGUCUUUAAAACAACUAAUGUAAAUUUCUGAAAGAUUUUUCUCUUGAAAUAAAUCCCUUUUCGUUCAACGCG